CUUUCUCAAAGCCUCCGAGAAGAGGGGAGAGGCAGGAAAAGGACAUAGCACGAAAUGUCUAGGGUUUCUGCCAUCCUGACGUCCCGCCUCACCGGGCGGGGAGAGCCCCGGAGGAGGAGAGACGAGAGGAGGGCUGAGGAGGGAUGAGGCCGUAUCCGUGACGGGGUCCGAGGAGCCCGCGCUUAGGCCGGCCCCUCCGCCGCCGCCCGCGCACGGGCACUGCCGGCUCGGGGGAAGGGAGAGGAGGAGGAGUGUGGGAGCGCGACGAUGAGCUCAGCUCCGUCCCCCGGCGCCGCCUGAGGAGAGCCGGCCCCUCCCGCAGGCCGCCGCCGCCGCCAUGGCUCACUCCCCCGUGCAGCCGGGCCUGCCGGGGAUGCAGACUCUGAAGGCAGAUCCAGAAGAACUGUUUACAAAACUGGAGAAAAUUGGUAAGGGCUCUUUUGGUGAAGUUUUUAAAGGAAUUGACAAUCGGACUCAGAAAGUGGUUGCUAUAAAAAUCAUUGACCUAGAAGAAGCAGAAGAUGAAAUAGAAGACAUCCAACAGGAAAUCACAGUGCUGAGUCAGUGUGACAGUCCCUAUGUAACUAAAUAUUAUGGAUCCUAUUUAAAGGAUACAAAGUUAUGGAUAAUAAUGGAAUAUCUGGGUGGAGGCUCUGCCCUCGAUCUAUUAGAACCUGGUUCACUUGAUGAAACCCAGAUCGCCACAAUACUGAGGGAGAUACUCAAAGGUCUCGAUUACUUACAUUCGGAAAAGAAAAUCCACAGAGAUAUUAAAGCGGCUAAUGUAUUGCUAUCUGAACAAGGAGAAGUAAAACUAGCAGAUUUUGGAGUAGCAGGACAACUAACAGAUACACAAAUAAAGAGGAAUACCUUUGUGGGAACACCGUUUUGGAUGGCACCUGAAGUAAUAAAGCAGUCUGCUUAUGAUUCAAAGGCAGAUAUCUGGUCAUUAGGCAUAACAGCCAUAGAACUUGCAAAAGGAGAGCCACCUCAUUCAGAACUACAUCCAAUGAAAGUUUUGUUCCUCAUCCCUAAGAACAAUCCACCAACGUUGGAAGGAAACUUCAGUAAAUCCCUCAAAGAGUUUGUUGAAGCCUGCUUGAACAAGGACCCAAGCUUUAGGCCUACUGCAAAGGAACUCUUAAAACACAAAUUUAUUUUACGAAAUGCAAAGAAAACGUCCUACCUGACUGAGCUUAUUGAUAGGCACAAGAGGUGGAAGUCUGAACAAAGUCAUGAUGACUCCAGCUCAGAUGACUCAGAUACCGAACCAGAUGGCCAGGCUUCAGGUGGGAGCGACUCAGGAGAGUGGAUCUUCACAAUAAGAGAAAAAGAUCCCAAGAAUCUAGAGAAUGGAGCAGCACAGCCUUUGGAGUUGCAAAGAAAUAAGGAAAAGGACAUCCCCAAAAGGCCUCUAUCCCAAUGCCUGUCUACAGUUAUAUCCCCUUUAUUUGCAGAGUUGAAAGAGAAAAGUGAAGUGUGUGGCGGUAACACAGAUUCCAUAGAAGAACUGAAGAAGGCUAUUUAUUUAGCUGAAGAGGCUUGUCCAGGCAUCGCAGAUAACAUGGUGUCACACCUUGUGCAGAGGCUUCAGAGAUAUUCACUUGCUGGAGGAAGUACUUCAUCCUACUAAAGCACUCUUUUUCUGAGACAACGGAGAUCCCACGGUGUCUGCACUGAAGAAGCGAAUCCUCAUGUUGUUCUGCCCCUUAGUCACCGAAAUAACCUCCGGUGAAAGGACAUUCUUCAGCGUGCAAGAGUGACAAUGAAGUCUCUCAGAUGGAGGCAGUCUUUUUCAGCUCCUUAAAGCUAUAGUUUUUUUUUUUUAAUGAUAAUGCACAUAUUCCAGGGAGGUGUCUUUUUUUGUAAAAUCUGAAAUGUAUAUUUAGGUUUGUGAUAGAGAAAUUGAAGAUAUUGAGAAACCUCAGGUAUCUUGCUUUAAGAAUUCCACUGGGAGAUGGAAUAUGUUUGUUGGAAUUGUGUACAGAUAUGUAUAUAAUGUCUUUUUUUAACUGAAAGCCUUUCGACGUGCAUAAGGAAUCACUGUGUACAAAAUGGUAAAGUGCUUCUGUAGAUAAUGUUAGUGGGUAAAUAUUUGACAGGCCAUAACUUGAGUAUUGCCUUGCCUUUAUUACAUGUAAAUCUUGAACCACGUGAUAAGUGAAUCUUGGAUUGAUUUUUUUUUUUUUUUGUAUGUGAAGGAUUUGCCAUUGGAAGAUAGUUAAUCCUGUACAAUGGACCCUUCUAUUUGUACCUCAGCAAAGACACAAUUUUGCUCUCUUUCUCCGGUAUUUCUUCCUUUUUAUCUAUAUUCAGAGUGUGAUUUUUCCGAUUAUGGUACUACUUCUGAUUGUUUUAAAUUUAAUACACCUUCUCUCUCAAAGCUUUAAAUUUAAAUUAUUGUUUUUUCUGUAGGAUGAGCUCUUUCAUUACUUCAGUUUUAAAUUGUGCCAGUGCAAAUUAUGAACCUUAUGUAUCUUCAGUUUUAUUAGUAGAUAUUUGUGAAGCUUGUCGUGAAAUUCAGAUACAAUCUUUUUUCCACCUACACGUUUGAAUGCUCACACAAAUAAAUUUUUAUUACUUGCAUUUA